AUGUCAGAGACGGCUUGGUUCAGUGGAGUGUGGAUCCCUAUAGAGGACUGCCUUUGGCAGUCCGUAUCUCGCCGUCCCUUCUCUAAAAUCCUGUGUCUGUCUAUUAUAUUGUAUCUAGAAAGCCAUGCAGACGAGAGGGUGAAAUCAACAGAUGACUCCACCACCACCUCCUCAAGUGAUGAGAGUGAACAGCCAUCAAUCAAGAAAUGGAAGCAAGACUCUAAGUCAUCUUCAUCUAUUUGCUACAUCUGUCAACUUUCUUCUCUACCAGGGAGGUUUUUCCCCCAGAAAGCUAAAGAGCUAGGUGUCCCUAAAGGACCUUUGUUUGCUGAUUUACAAUUAGGGAAAGCUGUUACAUUAGAAGAUGGACGGCAGAUAACACCUGAGCAGGUAACAGGACCUUGUCAGCCUGGUCCAGUUUUCAUAAUCAUCGAUUGUCCAACACUGGCAUUCAUUCCGUCACUUGUGUCUAAUAAGCGGCUACGCCAGCACUGGGAAGGCCAGUACUGGGAGGAGGGGCCAAAUAGAACACCUGUGGUUAUGGUGCAUCUGACCCCCAUGAGAGUGUUUCAGAGUAAAGAGUAUGACGAGUGGAGGAAAAGGUUUGGAAAAAAUGUGUCUCAUGUGUUAAUAAACAAAGAUGUGUGUGCCACACCUGUGGUGUUUCACUCACAAGCAGCUGUUCAGUGUAAACUGCAUUCCAUUGAACCAGAGAUUUUCCCCUUGCUGGAAGCAACUGAUAUUCCUGUAAGUAUCUUUUAGGGUACGAUAACUGGUUUCAGGGGUCAGGGAUAAUCAAGAAGGUAAAGUCUGCA